AUGGUGCUCGUACGCAGGAAUGUGUGUGAGAAACCAAAGUGCAUGGGGACGCCAAACAUCUUUACUCCUCGUCAAGCAUUCUUCUUGUUGUUGGAUGACCUCGUCUUUGUUACCUGGAGUGCCACAAGUUUCUAUAGUUAUAGAUCGUCAUACAAGUUCCCAGAGUGUGACGAGUCCAUGGAUCACACAGUAGCCAAUUCUGAGUCUACUGCCCCCUACCUUGGAUGUGCCCUACAUAGGCAAAAACGAUGUGCGAUGUACUGUAAAGACUGUGACCUUCUUAUAUGUCACACCUGCUUGAAAACAAUUUGUCCAACCUACCAGGACAUUGCAGCAGAUGCACAAAACGUAAUAAGUAAGAUAGAGAAGGAAUAUGAAGAUCUAUCAACAGACAUUGCGAUACAAGAAGAUAACCUGCACAAAGAAAUUGACAAACUUUUCAAUAAAUCUAAGGCUAAAACAGAUGAAAUGAAACACAAACAGUUACACACUUUACAGAAUCAUUUGGAUGAUAUUAGCAGAAAACUUAUGGAGAUCGAUGAUGAAAUUGAUUCAAUUGAUAAAACUUUGGGCUCCAAUGAUAUUUCGACAAUUUUACAAGUACUACAUACCUCCAAAGUGGAGCAGCAUAAAAGGCUUCCAAAUAAGCUUGUCCCCUCUGGACCCAAAUUCACUCCAGGGAAAAUUCAAGAUGAAAAACUUUCAAAAUUUGUUGGAACUUUAUCAACAUUUAAUCUUACAACAGAAAAGCAUGGUUACAGUUUAAAGGUCACACAUGAGCCACUAGAAUUUGAAAAACUUUCACCAAUCACAUCAAAAUUAACGGAAAUAUAUUCCCGUGAUGCAGUCUCACUGGAAUCACCAGAAGCUGGAUCCUCUCCCUAA